UGUCUACAAGUUGCCACAAAUGUAACAGAACAAAAACAUCAUGUAACGAGAGAAAUAAGAGGAAAGAAUUUAGGUUUAUGUCGAGGGUUUCGAGGAUGCACUGUUUGGUUAACCGGACUGAGUGGUGCCGGCAAAACUUCAAUUGCCUUUGAAUUAGAGGCUUAUCUAGUGUCACGUGGCAUUCCUGCAUACGGCCUUGAUGGUGAUAAUAUACGCACAGGUUUGAAUAAAAAUCUAGGUUUUACACCGGCAGAUAGAGAGGAAAAUAUACGUCGUGUUGGUGAAGUAGCAAAAUUAUUUGCUGAUAGUGGCGUUGUAGCGAUUUGCAGUUUUGUUUCACCAUUUGCGGAUGACCGUGAAUUAGUGCGGAAAAUACAUAAAGACUCGGAUCUUAAAUUUUAUGAAGUCUAUGUAGAUACACCUUUGUCAGUGUGUGAGACGAGAGAUGUUAAAGGCUUAUAUAAAAAAGCUAGGGAAGGUAUUAUUAAGGGAUUUACUGGUAUAACGCAAGAAUAUGAAGUUCCACAACAUCCAGAAAUAGUAGUAAGCACAGAUGGGUUUACGAUACAGGAAUCUACACAAAAAGUGAUACAUCUACUAGAAGAAGAAGCGAUAAUACCUAAAACCUUGCGAGACAUCAAUCAACUUCCUGAACUCUUCAUAGAUUCAAGUCGCACAGAAGCAGCUUUGCACGAAAUAAAAUCUUUAAAAACAAUUCCUAUCACUAAAAUAGAACUGCAAUGGUUGCAAAUUUUAUCAGAAGGUUGGGCAUAUCCUUUAAAAGGAUUUAUGCGUGAACAAGAAUACCUUCAAACUUUGCAUUUUAAUUCCAUAUUAACGGAAGAUGGUGCCUUCCGUGAAAAUCAAUCGGUGCCUAUUGUAUUAUCUGUAUCAGCUGAUGCUAAAGAGAAAUUAGAUGGUGUCUCUGCGCUAGCUCUUACUUACAAUGAUAAAGCUAUAGCUAUUCUACGCAAACCUGAAUUUUAUUAUCAUCGAAAAGAAGAACGAUUAUCUCGUCAAUUUGGUACAAGCAAUCCUAAUCAUCCAUAUGCUAAAAUGGUCUUUGAAUCAGGUGACUAUUUAGUUGGCGGUGAUUUAGAAGUUCUUGAAAGAGUUCGCUGGAAUGAUGGUUUAGAUCAAUAUCGCUUAACUCCAAAUGAGCUGAGACAGAAAUUUGCUGAUAUGCAGGCUGACGCUAUAUUUGCAUUUCAACUAAGAAAUCCUAUACAUAAUGGACACGCAUUGCUCAUGCAAGACACGAAACGUCAACUUCUAGAGCGCGGUUUUAAGAAACCUCUUCUACUUUUACAUCCGUUAGGUGGUUGGACAAAAGAUGAUGAUGUACCACUAGAUGUACGUAUGGCUCAGCACCAAGCUGUACUGGACUCAGGUGUAUUAAAACGUGAAGAUACAAUAUUAGCUAUAUUCCCAUCACCGAUGAUGUAUGCUGGACCAACAGAGGUACAAUGGCAUGCGAAAGCAAGAAUGAAUGCGGGUGCUAACUUUUAUAUUGUUGGACGAGAUCCAGCUGGAAUGCCUCAUCCUGAUAAAGAAAUGUAUCCCGAUGGUAAUUUGUAUGACGGAACGCAUGGUGCGCGUGUACUUAAAAUGGCACAAGGUCUUGACAGCAUGGAAAUUCUACCAUUUCGUGUUGCUGCUUAUGACAAAACUAAUUUGUGCAUGGCAUUUUUUGAGCCACAACGUAAAGAUGAAUUUGAAUUUAUAUCGGGAACUAAAAUGCGCACAUUUGCUAAAACUGGUACUUAUCCACCAGAUGGUUUUAUGGAACCAAAAGCAUGGAAGAUUUUAUCCGAAUAUUAUCAAUCCUUAAUUAAACAAUGAAUUUUCCUAAAUUGUUUUUAUACUAAGAAAUGCGUGCAAUAUUUUCUAUACAAUUCCUUAUCUAAGUUACUUUAUUUGUAUGCAUGUUAA